GUCGAGGUUGACAUGUAUCCGCGACACUUCACGCAUCUGGGUUCCCGGAUACAAUUUACUUCGUACCCUUUUAAUCCAGGAAUCCCACGACAACCCUACCUCCGGGCACUUCGGAGUCGACAAACCAUGAAGACGUUGCAGCGCAAUUAUUACUGGCCGAACAUGGCCGACGACGUGCGCAAAUACGUGUCCUCCUGCAACGCCUGCCAGAUCAUGAAAUCAUCCCAUCAGCGAGCAGCCGCACUCUUACAGCCGUUGGAUCCGCCCGAGAGACCCUGGCAACACGUCACAAUGGACUACGUAACAGGACUGCCGGCCGGUCCCAGCGGAAACGACGCCAUCCUCGUGGUCGUUGACCGACUCACGAAAAUGGAGCACUUCAUUGCCUGCCAACAUAAAAUUACAGCUGAGCAAACUGCUCAACUGUUCAUCGCCAACGUCAUCAGACUGCACAGACUGCCCACCGCCAUUAUUUCAGACCGAGACCCGAAAUUCACAUCGAAUUUCUGGCGCCACCUGUGGGACCAAUUCGGCACCAAACUACAGCUUUCCUCAGCCUACCACCCACAGAUUGACGGGCAGACCGAACGGGUCAACCAAACUAUGGAGCAACUCAUUCGGACUACCUGCACUGACCCACAGACAUGGGAGAAAUCCCUUCCGCUACUGGAAUUCGCGUAUUAUAAUGCGCCUUCCGCCACAACUCAUCAAUCCCCAUCUUUCGUCAAUUACGGAUAGGACCCAGUUGUACCCUCUACACC